AUGGCUUCCACUCGCGCCGGUUCCACCAUGGACCUUGACAGCCAGAGCUUUGGUGUGAGAGACAGCGACCGUGAAGACACCAACCAAGACAUGAACCAGACCAUCAUUGGUGCCGGUCUCUCGUUCACCAAGUCCCAGACCAGCCCGGCAAAGGGCGACAAAGCAAAGUCUGCAGCGGCGCAGCCCUCCCCCGCUCAUCUCUUCAGGUCGCCCCUGACUAUCGUGACGAUCAAGGUCGGGCCCCAAGCGUUCCAGGUCCACAAGGAGCUCCUGACCAAGAACUCGCGCUACUUCGAGGCAGCAUUCAACGGGAGCUUUAUGGAGAGCAAGGACGGCAAGAUGACUCUGGAGGAAGUCCAGCCAGCCGACUUUGGCUUCUAUGUCGACAUUGUCUAUCGAGCCCACUUCAAUCCCGGCAUCAGUCUCCGCAAGGAGCACACCGGCGGCAGCCUCUCGACCAAGCAGAUCCUGACUCUCUGGUCGCUGGCUGACCGCUUCCUCGAUGACGUCGUCCGCGCCAUGGCCAAGGAGAGCCUGGACCACCGACUCGGCCUCUACUCGGUCACCCUCUGGAAGAGCCUCGCCCGCAAGCGAGAGAAGGACGACGUCUCGGGACGGAUGGGCCGCCUUCAGGAUGCGUACUACCAAUGCCUCGAUCACGACAUUCCUUUCGAAGACCUCAUCGUCGAGGCAGCUAGCAAUUGCCCGCCUCAGGUCUAUGUCGACUGCGUCGGCAUGAUGGAUCCCGAGUUCAUGGCCCUGGUCUCCAAGAGGCUUGUUCUGCGCCAGGCCGGCGAGGAAGUCAUUCCCAGGAAGCGACGGGCGGCCGGUACAGAUUAG